AUGGAUGAAGAACACACCAUAACGCUGAACCUGGGAUCUUCACCCGACCCGCUAAUAGAUCCGAUUCUCAGCCCACCGAUGCUGCCGCCGUCGCGCGUCAAACCACGAGCCCAACCCGCCGCGCGACUUUUAUCCAUUGCGAGAUCGCCUAGGAAACGAACCUUUGAGCUCGACAUUGGCAGCCCCGUUUCGCCACAGAGGCUGCUGGUGACUGUCCAGGCUGAGGACGAGGUGAGGAAUACAAAGGGCAUAAAGCGCCGGCUUUUCCAAUCGCCGACGCCGAAACGGGGAGUUAUGAGGGGAGGAGGGGAUGUUACCACUACCGUGGUGCCGGUGCGCGGUCUGAGUGAUGAUGAGGGAGUGACGCCGCGGAGGAGAGGUCGGCCACGGAAAUCUGGGACGCCGGUACCUACGACGCGACGAAAACGACCUGGUACACCAGGAGCGAAGGCUGUUGUUGCGAGAGGCACGUCUCGAUCGCCACAAAAGUCCCCUCAGAAGCAGCAGCCACUAAACGAAGAUGCGCUGGAACAUAUCGAGGCGACGCCGCGACCCGUCAGCCUGUUGAAGAGGCCGGCGAAACGAAAGUCGAUGACACCCGCAAAAGAGGAUACCCAGCCGAGAAAAAGAGGACGGCCGCGGAAGAGUCUGGUUCCUGCCGAGAUGAAUAUGGGCAGCAUUGCGGAAAUACUACAACAGGACAACGCUUCGAGAUUACCACCAGUACAACAUGACUUUUUCGGCCAGGAUCAAUUUACGGCAGGGGAGGAUCACGAGGAUGAUGGUGCAGGCGACAUGGAGGAUGAUAUCUGGCUUGGGACCCUUUCGUCGCCUGCCGCGCAGAGACUCCGGACGAGUUUAAGCAAUCGAUCUCCCCCGAAGGAACCAUCACCAGCACCAGAACCCGAGCCGGAAGCAGAACCGUCCCCAGAGCCGGAACAACAACCACAACCCGAGCACUCCGAAGGUGAUUUCGAUGAACAAGGCGAGUGGGGCGACAUGCACGAUGGACCUGAGGACGAUUACGAUGAGGGCGAUUACAUGACAAGUCCAGUUCGUGAUUUGGGGGAUGCUCAGGAUACCAUGGCGGGAGCGGAGGACUUUACAGAGGUCCCGCUUGCCGAGCUCAGGUCUCUGAUGAAUUCCAGUAUGAUGGCCGGGCAGGAACAACAGCAAGAGGAAGAGCUCGGUGAAGCCACAAAAGUCAUUAUUAAGAAUGGUAUCGACUAUCUUAGGCAGAGUCGAGGGACUGCGGCUGGGGAGGGCCCACAAGAGGCAGUACAAGAGACAGGGGAAGAGCAUGAUUUCGGGUUUAGUGUCGGGCCAGGGCGGACAUCUCAACUGGAAGCUGCUGAGCCAAGGAAGCCAUUUGACUUUGGUUCUAGUUUUCACCCUGGGCAGAGCACUCAAAUGCCUUCUGUGCGCCGACGAAGGGAGACCAAUUUCAACUUCAGUGUCGGGCCUGAGAAACCUGCUGCAUCUUCUCAUGCUGAGCAGCUGGAGGGACUCGAUUUCGGACAAAGCACUCAAAAAUCCCCCACUCCACCACGGAAGAACUUUGAUUUUGAUUUCAGCAUUUUGCCGGGUGAGAACAUGGCUGCUGAGAGGAGAAGCGAGUCUGCUUCCAGCUCCCCUGUUGGAAAACAAGAAGCAAAGGCUGCUGAGAGGGCAGCUGUUUUGCGGAGGGAGGUGGCUGGUUUUGGUUCUAGCAUUGGACCAGUGCAGAAAGCUGGCACAUCUUCGUUUGAAGUGAAGAGCAGAUCAUUUGAUCCUGAUUUUUUUAGUGACGAGUCUAGGGAACAAAGCGCGGAGCCAAGGCAAAGUUCUGAAGAGCCCAGGCGACACAGCGAGGAGCCAAGGCGAGAGUCUGAGGAGCCACGACAAGAAAUCGAGGAACCCAGGCAUGAGUCUGACGAACCGAGACAAGCGUCUGAAGAACCGUCACAGAAAGAACAGUACUCUAGGUCGAGGCCCGACCCAGACUUUGAGUUCAGUGAUGGGCCUGUUCCGCAACCCGAGCCGGACCAGGAUGUGCAACCAGAAAGACAAUGGGCCGAGACCUCAGGAUAUUCAGCAACCGAGCAGCAAGAUGACCCAGGACAAGAACCAGACCGGGAGCAACCCAAGCCUUACAAACGACCUUACAAACGAUUGCCACCCCGUCCCAGCGAGGUCGAAAUCCGAGCUGAAGUCGAAGCCGAGGAUGAACCCGCAGACGACUCCGAUGCUUGGUGGAACCGAGUUCCAGAAAAGCCGAAGCCAAUAAAGAAGCCAAAGUCACUACUCGGGAAGUUGAUCCGCAAGGCUGCUCGUCAACGGACAGAUUCGGCCAACACAACGCAGGAACCAUCGCCUGCCGACACAUCAAACCUGAGUGGAGAAGGGGAUUCCUUCUCUACCUUGCCCGAUGAAGUGUAUGCCGCUGCAACUCCAGGCCAACACGUGGAAUCGCAGCUUGAAGAGCAACAUGACGACAAAGUGCGCGAUGGAGAAAGAGAGGAGGAACCGGACAAUGAUGGAGGGGAAGAGGAAGCGCAGGCCGCGAGCCACCCAAUCCAGCCGUCUAUUGAGCGGCCCUCAUCAACACCAUCCCCAAUACCCUCCGAGGCUGAAGGCGAUGGCGUAGACGAAGCAGGGACCGUUUCACCCAACCAACCAGCACAGCCGAAUGUUCAGGUCGAGAUGCCCUCUUCCCCACCUGCCAGUGACCCUAGCCCGCCGGUCCCUGUUGCCCGCCUGCCGCAGCACACCAGAACAAAGUCGAACGAAACCCCAGCCGAUCAGCUGUCGGACGUGGCACCUCUACCGAGAACAGACUUGAAUGUACAGUCACUAAACCUAGCGCCCCCAGGAUCGCAGCCCCGGCCUAGCCUUUCACCCAUAGUACGUGCCGGCCGAGUUUUGCAGCUUGUGACAUCCGAUCCGCCCUCGCCCCCAGGGAGAGACAGUGUACUGCGGAGUCCAUUUCGGGGAUCGUUUGAGAAGUCGAGCCAGUCCCCCGCGCCCUUGAUCUCACAGCCCCGAGCCACCCACUCCCCGUCGCCGCAGCGUACUGACACCGCCCAGGAGAAGCAGCAGGACCGACCUUGGUUUAGAGGACUACAGCAGAUUAAGAAUUUUGUUGCCGAAACAGCCAAGAGUUUGUCGCCCACCCGGAUUUCGAAUCCCAGGCCAGAACCUGAGCAGGAGCCUGAGGAGGAACCCGAGGAGGAUCUUCAGGAGACCCCAAGUAGAAGAAGUUCUGGGCGUGAGGCGCGUUUUAGUGAGCCUGAGGUUGACCCAGAAGCUACCGUUAGCGCUCCCAAUUCUGCGAUCGCUGAACCAGCACGACGUCGGGCUCAAGAGCGAGCCGAGCCUGCGCGCACAAGCAAUUUUGGUUUCCGGGGGUCGUUUACUUCUAGCCGAAAUCACGAGACUACAGACAGGAGACCACAACAAAAAGCGACUCGUCUGCCUGCCAAAGAACCGACACCCCAGCCUGAACCGGAGCUUUUCACUAUGGACCCUGUUAACACACAACAACCAGAGCUGCCAACUCAGGAAGAGGAAGAUGAUGCUGAUUUCUGGCUCGAGGCUGGUGGCGUCACCCCUUUCGCUCCAAGAGUGGUGCCCCCGCAGAUCAAAGCACCUGUUGUUGAGUCCCGGCAGAGCAGCAAGAUCCCGACUCUGGGGAGGAAUAUCAGCCGUCAACAACAAAGGGAUGGCCAAGAAAAUCAGCUUCGCUCUUCACGGAAUUCUCAGAUUGAUGACGCUUAUGAAAUCGAACAAGAGUCCAGUUCUAUCCUGGAACAGCUUGACAAGCGGCCGGCCGUCAAACCCACCCCAGCUCCGGCGAGGACCAAUCUGAGCGGCUUUUUUUCAUCGCCUGUCUUGUUGCCUGGCCAAGAGACGCCCGGUAUGGGGUUGUUCAAGCCAUCACGGCGAGAGCCAGCCAACAACCUAGUGCAACAGCAACAAAAGGAACGGAAGAAGCUGCAACAACCGGAUAAUAGCUUGUUUGCUCAUUUGGUGGAGAUUGAGGAACAGCAAAAUCAAAGUGUUACUGCUGAAGCAGUCACUAAGAAGCAAUCGGGUUUCGGGAAUGCUUCGCAGAACGUGGAGGUGCGGUCUGGCGCACAUGAUGAUAGCCUUGAAAGCAUCGAUGGCGGUUUAAAAGGCAAGGAAAAGGACAGAGGACGGAGGUCCACUUCCGCUCGUGCUCAGGAGAUCAUGGAGAAGCGGUUGGCCAGGAUCACGGAAGGUCAGAGGAAGGCGAAGGAGCAGAUGACAGCAGCCUCUACAUCGCAGUCAUUUGCAUUGCAGCCUUCAACAUCGCAACCCUCUGCAUCUCAGCCGUCUGCAGCGCAGCCGUCUACAACUCAGCCAUCCACUUCUCGGACGGAUAACACGGCCGAUCAAGCAAAGACGAGCAUUCGGGCCAAGGGCAAAGAGCCAGAACGGCCGCCCAUCCCCGCCCCUCGCCCCCUCUCUCCCGUCGAGCCUCAAGAGAACCCGAAUAAAAUCCCCCAACUUCGAAACUUUGCGCCCCGCAGACGAGAAUUUGGAGAAAACACUCUCUUCCAACCACAGGCAGGGCCCGCCAAAGCAGCAGCCCCCCCGACCACUACCAAUGUGCUCAACCCAGACAACAGCCAAGUCGGCCGCUUCUUUGAGGAAAGCCGUCAGUUGAUUGAGCCUCAAAAGAAACGUCGGCAGCGGGUACGGGCUCAGAACGGUCAACAAAUCUCGGCCGAGGUUUUUUCUAGUCCAAAAACUACGCCCCCGAGACAUGAGCCGAACCGAGCGGCGUCUCCUGCCAAAUCCUCGUUUCGAUCGCCGCUCAAGGGGAAGACUCCCGGUCCGGUUGUCGAGUUUACGAGUAGUACGCUCUCGCCGUUGCCGCGCGAGAGGCGGGCAAACUCACCGCAGAAGACGAGGCAAUCUCGGAGUCAGAAGCAAGGUGCUGGAGAAGGUGGAAUUGGUGAGCGGACUGGCGCGGACAACCGUCGUGAGGAGCCGGUGGUUAGCUACCCUGAGCUGCCUGAGCCACAGCCUGAAGCCAGUGAAGAGGAAGAGAAUGGGCGGCAAGCUGAUCCUUUCUCGGAUACCUCUCAGCAGCGAAAAGAUCGGGAGUUGAGAGAGCAGCAGGACCGGCAGGGUUGGAGGGCACAAGAGUUGGGACCGCCGCUGCACUAUGGGAAGGCGUCGUUUGAGCAGAGACUUCAUCAGGCCAAGGCGCAAGAACCGGAACAGAGACCGAGGGGGGCUACGUGGGAGGGCUAUGGCCGGGAAGUGGAGGAGCAGCCGUCAGAGCUGGAUUGGGAGGCAAUUGGGGAGCAGGAGCCUGAUCAGGGUCACUACGAUGAGGAUGGUGAAGACAGGGACCAAGAGCCUACCCCUCCUCUGUCUGAACAGGACCAGCAGCGGUAUGAACCGUAUCAGCCUCGGCAACGUGAUUACCAGGGGAGGGAUCUUGAGCCUGUUGAGGAAGAGGAUUACUCGGAUGAGGAAGAAGAGGGAGAUUACGAUCACCAUCAACAGGGCACCUACGCUCAAGAGGGUGACUACGAUCACGAGGAUGACUAUGACCAUGGCGACUACAACCAAGAAGACGACCAUGAUCAUCAACAGGGCGAACACGACCAUGAACAAGAGCAAGAAGAAGAAGAACCCCCCCAAUCCUUCUUCCCCAAAUUCUCCCUCCCCUCCCUCCCCAACCCCCUUUCUCUCCUCUCCUCCCUCGUCCCCACCACCACCUCUCCCCCCCCAAAUGACCCCCUCAAAGGAUGGGGAAUCCCCAACUGGGAACUCCUAGACCAAUGCCUCACCCUCCACCGCCAACACCGCCUCCCCAUCCUCCCCUUAUCCGACGUCUCAAAAUCCUUCGUCGGUCUCGUCCCCUCAAUCGGGGAACCACAAGAAGCAAUGACGAUUGAGGUCUGGCACUUACAGAUAGUAGAGUACUACAAACAUGUUGUCUUGCACACCCGAGGAGAAGAAGAUAAAUGGACGGAGUGGGAGCUUGUACGGAUGUUAUUUGCUGUGCUGAUAGGGGAGAUGAGAAGACGGGAUAGGAAGGGGAUGGAGGAACGGAGGAGGAAAAGGGAGGAGGUAAAGAAGGAGAGGGAGAGGAAAAAGAGGGGGUGGUUUAGCCUUGGAGGGGUGUUUGCUGGUGGGGGGAAGUAUAAGGUUGAAAAGCCGAAGAGGAAAGAGAGGAGCAGGAGGUGAUUGUUGGGAUAGUUGAGAAAGUGUUGGAAAUAUGCAAGUCAGGAUAUCAGAUGGAAGAGGGAUAAGGGAAUAUUGCUGGGUAGUAUAACGGACCAAACAGGGAGAUACCAAGGUUGCUGUUUCUUUCUUUUUUUAUUUCUUAUAACAUUGUUUGUUGGGUCAAGUCAGGGUUAUGGUUGUCAGGAUCAGAACAUGGGAGGAAAAGGAAAGCGUCAAAGAUACCA